UAUUUGCAAAGCCUGAGUGUCUGAACGUUCAGCGUGGGUCCGUAGCAUACUCGUUAGUAUUACAAUAUAAUUGAAUUUAAUAAUACACGGUGCAGGUUAAUUUUCACUGUAAAUUUGUAAAGUGCAUUUAACACCCAAUGGCUGAUGAGGAAUAUGAAGCUGAUGACGCGGGGGCAGACUACGAUGAUAUCGCCGAAGAAGAUGACAACAUCGAAGAAGCCGAGGAGCAAGAGGAGGAGGGCUACAACGUGCAGUGUCUAGCUCCCGGCCAGGCUGGAGGCGGUGUCGAAAAAUCUAAAAGAAUUACCACCCGGUAUAUGACAAAAUAUGAACGAGCUAGAGUCUUAGGCACCAGAGCACUUCAAAUAGCCAUGUGUGCCCCUGUGAUGGUGGAGCUGGAAGGUGAAACUGACCCCCUGCAGAUAGCCAUGAAGGAACUCAAGCAAAGGAAAAUUCCCAUCAUCAUCCGAAGAUACCUCCCUGACCAUUCCUAUGAAGAUUGGAGCAUUGACGAAUUGAUUAUCAUUGAUCAUUAGCUCAUGCAAUACACAUUUUCUUUAAAUUGUUGAAGACGAACUUUGGUGAAACUGUUGAUAAAUAAGAUUUAGUUAACUGCUACUAAAUAUUUAAACAAACCACAUGAUUUUGAUAAUAGAGUUAUUUCCCUGAAAUAAACUGGUUUGCUACUUUCUGAGAACUGAGACUUGUGUAACACAAUUUAGAAAAAAGUUGUCUUUAGAUCAAUAUUUUUUAACUUAAUUUUUUAACUUGCAUUACAUUCUAUCUAUCGUACAUAGAUUAAAGUAUAUCAAAAUCUAUUGUAGAUAGGUAAACUGAAUGUGACAUAAUGUAAGGUUAAGGAUAAUAUUAAACUUUAUUUUUACGA